AUGCCAUAUUAUGCAGUUGCCAAAGGUCGUCUGACCGGGGUAUACUCAAAUUGGUCUGACUGUAAGUCCAAUGUCAAUGGGUACUCAGGUGCUCGAUACAAGAAGUUCAAUACUCUUUCUGAAGCCACUCAAUUUGCCCAAUCAGGCUCUUCAAAUUCCUCUAGAUCUAGUACGAACACCUCCAGUUCUGAUAAUUUGAAUUAUCACAGUUCCAGAACUUCUGGUGGAAUUCAUAAACCAUCUACGGUUCACUCAGCCACACAGAUCCCUUCCUUGAACUCUAGUGUUCCCCGUGCCAGCUCGACCCGGUCUAACCAUCAAAAAAUCUAUGUUGAUGGUGCUUCCAGAGGUAAUGGUAAGAGUGGAAUUCCGAAGCUGGGAUACGGUGUCUAUUACGGUCCAGGUGACAGUAGAAACGCUGCUGUUCCCCUUUCCGAUGUAGAUGAUGUCCGGAGAGUCAAGCCAACAAACCAGCGAGCCGAGCUUCACGGCUUACGUCACUCGCUCAGAGAUAUCUACGACGAUGUGAAGAAGAAUCCAGGAAGCGACAAGCUGUAUGAGAUCUUGACCGAUUCUUCGUAUGGCAAGAAUGCGAUUGAUUCCUGGAGCAAGAAGUGGAAAACAAAUGGAUGGAAGUCGAGCACUGGUCAAGAGAUUGCAAACCGUGACUUGAUUGAAGAAUCUGUGGCAUUGUAUGAUGAAAUCAACGCCUCGCUGAAGGUUCAAUUGACCCAUGUGCCUGGCCAUAGGGGAAUUCCUGGAAACGAGGCUGCAGACCAACUUGCAAACAGAGGUGCCGACCAAAUGUGA